UAAUUUAUCUGGAGUAUUUUGGUUGGGGGAAAUAUUGUUGUUAUCAUCCUGGUGUGUGCGUUUUUAAAAUCAAGUUAAACCCAUUGUAGGGUUACCAUGUCUUUUAGUGGGAGAGGUGGUUAGGUGUUCAAAGGGGUAAUUCACCUAACAAACGUGGGUCGCAGAUGGGUUGUGUGUGAGUCGAAGGGUUAACAAUCCCAUGUGAGCGUUAGCCUAGAUUAUAAUGGGAAAGAGCAGGGUCUUCUUGUCGUAGCGUACAAGGAUGAGGAGUGUGAGUUUUAAUAUCACCGAAGGUGUAAUUUAGCUGCCAGUGAACUGUGCUAUGCCAUGCUGAGCUCACCAACUGAUGACAAUAAACAGAGUAUUAGAUCCCAAGGCAGGCAGUGGAGAGACAUAUGAUGGGUUACUUUGGCAUAGUCAACCCAGAAUUCAGUCAUAAACUGAAUUUGUCAGUCAUUUGUCUUCCCAAUUUCUCUUUGUCCGGGCUGUAAUUUAAGCAUCUUGUGGUAACUCCACCACCUCUGUUGGCUUGUCAAAGUUGAUAGAUAUGCAAGGUCCUCAGCAUAGGAACACUGCAUCGCAAGAUAGUUUCAACCUACUGUUGAAUGAGGCCAGCUUUUCUUACAGACCUGAUGAUGAUAGUUUCUAGCUUUAGAGUUUUUGUAGCUUAUCACAAAUUAACCAUUUUCUGCUUAUGCAAGAAUUCAGACCUGUGCUUGGAAAUGGCAUUGGAAUUGGCAAUAAUUAUAAGUCAGCUAGCUUAUCUUUGCAUUUUUAUUACAUAGUCAGUUCCCCUGGCAAAGUGAGCUUAAAUGGCCUGAGAGUCUCAGGUUUGGCCUAGGUAGGGCUUAUCUGAAGCCUGCAUGUAGAGAGAGCUCUUUGUACAAAGUUGUUGUGUAAAUAUAUUUUUAUUUUACAACUCUCCAUGUAAAAUAGAAAUAUGUUAUCAAGAAAAAUUGUGUACCGCAAUACCACAGGCCCAUACUAACUGUCCUUAAUUUCUCUCCUACAGCAGUACUGCUUUGCCAGUCCUGUACUGCACUCUGUUAAGGGUGCAGCAACUCAUCCUGUGUAGGUUAUGGGGAACACAGAGAACUGUGCACUUGUCAGUUUGGUCAGGGUCCACUGGCUGCUUGUUUGGGGCCUGUGAGGGGAAUCAGAUGCAGCACAGCUACAACAAACCUCAACCCCCAAGAGCCUCUUAAGUUUUUUCAUUUGGCUUAUCAAUUUCCAACAAAUUUAGAUAAAACCCUCCAUGCAUUCACGAUGGAAAAUUACUGCCCAAAUAUUUGACUACAUAUCUUUGCUUAUAUUUAUCAGUUACCUUUUGUCCUGAAAAGGAAGUCAAGAUCUAAAUGUAUGAUGAUUGAAUAAUAACCAGUGCUGUUAUGAGCUCUGGCAUGUCAUAUUCUCAUUUAUGUAGUUGGGCUAGAUUUAUUAUUUUUUGCCUCAUUUUUAUAUUUGAAUGCCAAAGUACAUACUCAUAUUUUUGUACUGUAGUAAUGUCAUUCCUAGAUGUAGCCUCAAAAUCAUGACUCUUUAUAUGCUAGUAAAGAUAAGUGGGAAUCUGGACCACAGGGUCUCUUAUGAAUUUUUUCUAGUUAUGCCCCAAGAAGAUACUUUGUUUUGAGUGCCGUAAGUCAAUGCAACACAGGUGGUAUACUGUUGUGUGUGAGUUCAAACCCUUUUCCAAAGUGUUACUAAUGGUAAAGAGAAAUUUUCUAGGCUUCUUUUCUGCCGGUUGAAGUCUGACUGCAGAAGGACCCUUGGCACUGAAAGUGGGGCAAAACACCGGACCCCAAGCUGCAAGUCAGGUCGUACGUGGACGUCAUGUUAGAGCAGAACCUGUCCAAAGAGGAGAGAGAGAUUCGUCAGCAGCUGGCAGAGAAGGCCAAAUCAGGGGAGCUGAAAGCUGUCAACGGGUCCGCCGCCAGCCAAGCUGCCGCAAAACGUAAACGUCGCUGGGACCAGACAGCUGACCAAACCCCCUCUAAUGCUACACCCAAAAAGAUGUCCAGCUGGGACCAGGCUGACUCCUCUGCUGAGACUCCAGGACACACCCCUGCACACACACCUUCAAACAGCCGAUGGGAUGAAACCCCUGGCCGCCCUAAAGGCAGCGACACCCCAGGGGCCACUCCCAGUACACGAAUGUGGGACCCCACUCCCAGUCACACACCUGCCGGCGCUGCCACCCCUGGCAGGGACACACCUGGCCACGCCACGCCAGGCCACGGCGGAGCUACAGGAAGUGUACGCAAGAACCGCUGGGACGAAACCCCAAAGACAGAAAGGGAGACCCCGGGACACGGGAGUGGUUGGGCUGAAACACCACGCACAGACAGAGGAGAUGAGUCGGUGGGCGAGACGCCAACGCCAGGGGCCAGUAAGAGGAAGUCUCGGUGGGACGAAACCCCUGCCAGUCAGAUGGGAUCCUCAACACCACUGCUGACCCCAGGAAAAACUCCCAUAGGAACACCAGCCAUGAACAUGGCCACCCCAACACCAGGUCACCUGAUGAGCAUGACUCCAGAGCAGCUGCAGGCAUGGAGGUGGGAGAGAGAAAUUGAUGAGCGGAACCGGCCUCUCACAGAUGAGGAGCUUGAUGCCAUGUUCCCAGAGGGAUACAAGGUCUUGCCUCCACCAGCAGGCUACGUGCCAAUCCGCACUCCGGCCCGUAAACUGUCAGCCACACCGACUCCUAUUGGAGGCAUGACGGGCUUCCACAUGCAGGUGGAGGACCGCACUACAAAACAGAUGAAUGACCAGCCCUCAGGAAACCUCCCCUUCCUCAAACCUGAUGACAUCCAGUAUUUUGACAAACUGCUGGUGGAGGUUGAUGAGUCCACACUGAGCCCUGAGGAGCAGAAAGAAAGGAAGAUCAUGAAGCUGCUACUGAAGAUUAAAAAUGGAACACCACCCAUGAGGAAGGCCGCUCUGCGUCAGAUCACAGAUAAGGCUCGUGAAUUUGGAGCAGGCCCCCUGUUCAACCAGAUCCUGCCAUUGCUCAUGUCGCCCACCCUCGAGGACCAGGAGCGCCACCUACUGGUCAAAGUGAUUGACCGCAUUCUCUACAAACUGGAUGACCUGGUCCGACCAUACGUACACAAGAUCCUGGUGGUGAUUGAGCCCCUGCUGAUUGAUGAAGACUACUACGCCAGAGUAGAGGGCAGAGAAAUCAUCUCUAACUUGGCAAAGGCCGCUGGUUUGGCUACGAUGAUCUCCACAAUGAGACCUGAUAUCGACAACAUGGACGAGUAUGUGAGAAACACCACAGCCCGAGCCUUCGCCGUGGUGGCCUCUGCUCUUGGCAUUCCUUCUCUCCUGCCCUUUCUCAAAGCCGUGUGUAAAAGCAAGAAGUCCUGGCAGGCGCGACACACAGGCAUCAAGAUCGUGCAGCAGAUUGCCAUCCUUAUGGGCUGCGCCAUUCUGCCCCACCUUCGCAGCUUGGUGGAGAUUAUCGAACAUGGUCUGGUGGAUGAGCAGCAGAAGGUGAGGACCAUCAGUGCCCUGGCUAUAGCUGCCCUUGCUGAAGCUGCCACACCCUAUGGUAUAGAGUCCUUUGACUCAGUCCUCAAGCCACUCUGGAAGGGUAUCAGACAGCACAGAGGAAAGGGUCUGGCUGCUUUCCUCAAAGCUAUUGGUUAUCUGAUCCCUUUGAUGGAUGCUGAGUAUGCAAACUACUACACCAGAGAGGUGAUGUUGAUUCUCAUCAGAGAGUUCCAAUCCCCUGAUGAGGAGAUGAAAAAGAUUGUACUCAAGGUGGUGAAACAGUGUUGUGGCACAGAUGGUGUGGAAGCCAACUACAUUAAGACCGAGAUCCUUCCCCCCUUCUUCAAGCACUUUUGGCAACACAGGAUGGCUCUGGAUAGACGCAACUACAGACAGUUGGUGGACACCACAGUGGAGUUGGCCAACAAAGUGGGAGCAGCAGAGAUCAUCUCUCGUAUUGUUGAUGACCUGAAAGAUGAGGCAGAGCAGUACAGAAAGAUGGUGAUGGAGACUAUAGAAAAAAUCAUGGGCAACCUGGGCGCAGCUGACAUCGACCACAAGCUGGAGGAGCAGCUGAUCGACGGUAUCUUGUACGCCUUCCAGGAACAGACAACAGAGGACUCUGUGAUGCUCAAUGGUUUUGGCACAGUGGUGAAUGCCCUCGGGAAGCGCGUGAAACCCUACCUGCCUCAGAUCUGCGGUACGGUGCUGUGGCGCCUGAACAACAAGUCGGCGAAGGUCCGUCAGCAGGCUGCUGACCUGAUCUCCCGUACAGCUGUGGUCAUGAAGACCUGCCAGGAGGAAAAGCUGAUGGGUCACUUGGGUGUGGUGCUGUAUGAGUACCUGGGAGAGGAGUACCCUGAGGUGUUGGGUAGCAUUCUGGGAGCACUCAAGGCCAUUGUGAACGUUAUUGGUAUGCAUAAGAUGACCCCACCAAUCAAAGACCUGCUUCCUCGUUUGACUCCCAUCCUGAAGAACAGACAUGAGAAGGUGCAGGAGAACUGUAUCGAUCUGGUGGGCAGGAUUGCUGACAGGGGUGCUGAGUAUGUGUCGGCCAGGGAGUGGAUGAGGAUUUGCUUUGAACUCCUGGAGCUGCUCAAGGCUCACAAAAAAGCAAUUCGCAGAGCUACUGUCAACACGUUUGGUUACAUUGCCAAAGCCAUUGGCCCCCAUGACGUCCUGGCCACUCUGCUCAAUAACCUGAAGGUACAGGAGCGCCAGAACAGAGUGUGCACAACUGUGGCCAUCGCCAUCGUUGCCGAGACCUGUUCACCAUUCACAGUACUGCCAGCGCUCAUGAACGAAUACCGCGUGCCCGAGCUCAAUGUGCAGAACGGUGUGCUCAAGUCCCUCUCUUUCCUGUUUGAGUACAUUGGAGAGAUGGGCAAAGACUACAUCUACGCUGUCACUCCACUGCUGGAGGACGCACUCAUGGACAGAGACUUGGUCCACAGGCAGACAGCCAGUGCUGUGGUCCAGCACAUGUCUCUGGGCGUCUACGGUUUUGGCUGCGAAGACUCCCUCAACCACUUGCUCAACUAUGUGUGGCCCAACGUAUUUGAGACGUCUCCUCAUGUAAUCCAGGCUGUUAUGGGCGCCCUGGAGGGGCUGAGGGUCGCCAUCGGGCCCUGCCGCAUGCUGCAGUACUGCUUACAGGGUCUGUUCCAUCCGGCCAGGAAGGUGAGAGACGUCUACUGGAAGAUUUACAACUCCAUCUACAUCGGCUCCCAAGACGCCCUCAUCGCCCACUACCCACAAGUCUACAACGACGAGAAAAACAUUUACGUCCGCUAUGAGCUCGAGUACGUCUUGUAAAUACAAAUGAAUGUCCUCUCCACUUUUCUCCUCCCUCAACUCUCACCCUCCAUCGUUGUCUCUUACUUUGGUCUAGGACUGAGUUGGUUUUUAUUUAGCAACUGUUAGUGUCUCCCAGGGCGAAACAAUCCAACACAGAACAAAGUUGAGCCUCUUUUUGAUGCCGCCUGUUGACCCUGAAUUGAAAAUGAGCGUAAAAUAAGGAGAAAGAAAAGAAGGAACAUUGUAGAGUCUGUAUGUAUUUUUUUAUUUUUACUUUUUGAGUGUUCCCUGUAAGGAAUGGCUGAGACUAGACCAGCCUUGAUUGAAGAAUGCAGAGCAGUCAUCACAAUGUUUUAAAUAUUUGGAUUAUGUUCUGUGUGUGUGUACUGAUAGGCCUGUACAGGCUUCUCCCUUUACACACCCUCUCCUCUUUUCACACCUCUGUUCUUAGAUUGUUGCUUUAUUUAACCAAAUAAAAUGUUUGUGUAUAAAAUUCCA